AUGGUGGGAUUCUGGUCGUCGCGGGAGUCGAAGGCGUUCGAGGCCGCGGUCGAGAAGGCCACCUCGCCGAUGAUCCCGGCGGGGCACGAGGAUAUCGCUCAGAACUUGGAGGUGUGUGACCAGGUACGCGCAAAGAGCAUUUCGGCCCAGGAGGCGAUGCGCGUCCUCAAGGCACGCCUGGAGCACGCCAAUCCCAACGUCCAGAUCUUGGCUCUGGGGCUUGUCGACCUAUGCAUCAAGAACGGGGGGGACCACUUUUUUGCAGAGGUUGCAUCCACCGAAUUCAUGGACGCAUUUGCCACCCGCCUGCAACACCACCGUGUGUCCUCGCCACAGGUCAAGGCAAAGAUGCUGCGGUGCCUGCAGGACUGGCGCUACUUUGCGCAGUCCAAGCCGGAUGAGCUGUCGUACAUUUCCCAGGUCGCAGACCGCCUGGAGCGUGAGGGGUUCGAGUUUCCGCCUCCGGACCCGAACGCGGUCGCCGCCGCGCGCGUCUUUGCAGAAACACUCACCGCGCCGACCUGGAAAGACGGGUUCGUGUGCACCAAGUGCCGCCAAGAGUUUACUACGUUCCUGCGCAAGCACCACUGCAGGAACUGCGGCCGUGUAUUCUGCUAUCAGUGCUCCGGCAAGACCAUGUCCCUGCCGUGGUACGGCAUGGGGCAGGACGUGCGUGUGUGCGACGGGUGCUUUGAUAAGAAGAAACCGUACACGGUACCACCGACGCAGGCGCCCCCGAAGCCGGCGCUCGAUCCCAAACAGCGCGCGGGGACGGAGGAUGCGGACCUGGCCAAGGCGAUUGCCCUCUCGCUCCAGGACGCGCCGCCGCCCAAGGAGGCAGCGCCCAAGGAGAAUGGGCGCAUCGCUGAGGGAACUGAUGCAGACGACCCUGAUCUCGCGGCCGCCAUCGCCGCGAGUCUCCGGGAAAUGGGGCCCCAGGAACCAAUCAAGGAGCCCGUCGCCGCAACGCCGACUCACUGGAGCGGCUCGGCGCCGCGCGCAUCGGUCGGCGUCGCGGGCGACUCGACGGCAGCUCCGCCGGCGAGUACACGGCCCGCGCCGCUGCGCCCGUCGCUCGAACUCGAGCCACGGGACGUGGACAAUGUGCUGACGUUCUCGCAGACGUUGCUCCAGCCUUAUGCGCCGUGGAAGUACAAGCUCAAGUCGGAAGGCGUGCCGCGGCCGGUACAGAACAUGUACGAAAAGGCAGCCACGUCGAGGUUGCGUGUCGUGCGCAAUCUCGACGAAGGCAAUCGCAGGCUGAGCGAGCUGGGCGCGAUGCACGACCAGCUCUCGGAGGUUGUGCGUAUGUAUGACCGCCUGUUGGACGGAAAGGUCGCCAAGGAUAGCGCAGAGGGAGCGCGUGCGCCGUCGGCAAGUGCGUACGCGCCGUCGGCCCCAUCGGCGAACGCAUACGCUCCAUCGGCUCCGUCGGCGAACAUGUAUGCGCCGUCGGCUCCGUCGGCCAGUUAUGCGCCGUCGGCACCUGCGCCCCGUGCCUCGUACGCGCCGUCGGCACCUGCGCCCCAUGCCUCGUACGCGCCAUCGGCACCGGUACAUGCUCCCCAUGCACCGUCGGCGCCCUCGGCCCCAUCGGCACCUUCUACGCCCGCCCCAUCCGCUCCAUCCUUUGCCCCUUCCGCCCCUUCUGCACCGUACAUACCUACCUCGCCUGCGCCGUCGGGCCCCGCUCGUCCCUACGAACCGUCGGCGCAGCAGCCGGCGCCGCAGCCUUCUGCGCCGGUGGCAGACUCGGCCAAUACCCGGUAUACCCUUACGGACUCUGGUAUGCAUCCCGACGGCCGUACGUACCCCUCGGUCCCUACCGAGGAACCUCGGAUGCCUCGUCGCGACCCUGAACCUGCGACCGAGGCCCUGCUGAUUGAUUUGUAG